AUGGGAGUCAAAGGCUUAUGGAAAUUAUUGGAAUCGGCUGGACAGCCGAUUACUCUCGAAUCGCUAGAGAAUAAGAUCUUGGCUGUAGAUAUUAGCUUAUGGCUCAAUGAAAGUUUACGAGGGAUGAGAGAUCAUCAAGGGAGUUUAAUAGAAAAUGCCCAUUUAUUGGGCCUAUUCUAUCGUCUGUGCAAGCUCUUAUUCUUUAAAAUCCGUCCAGUAUUUGUUUUCGAUGGUGGUGUACCUCUGCUAAAGAAGCAAACGAUAUCAAAAUUAGUAGAUGUCCAACGUAGCUUGGAAGAACAGCAAACUUCGCUUAUUCAAGAACAUAAAAGGCAAGAAAGAAUGGCUGCUUCUGUUUCCAACGAAAUGUAUUCUGAAUGCCAGGAACUUCUCAGUCUAUUCGGUAUUCCAUACAUUGUAAGUCCAAUGGAAGCUGAGGCCCAGUGUGCUGUAUUAGAUUUUACCAACCAAACCGAUGGAACAAUUACAGAUGAUAGCGAUAUCUUCCUUUUUGGAGGGCGCAAUAUUUACAGAUACGUCUUUAGAGAAAGUAAACUUGCAGAAUUUUACGAUUCUCAGAGAAUUCAGAGGCUUAUGGGUCUUGAUCGUAAAAAGAUGAUUACUUUAGCUUAUCUACUUGGCAGCGAUUACACCGACGGAAUUAAAAAUGUUGGAAUUGUGAUGGCUAUGGAACUUCUUAGUACAUUUGGUGACGACCUGACAGGAUUGCAAAAAAUAAAGUAA